AUGAUGACCGCCGCCGAACUCCCCGACCACGUCUGCGAGUUCCAGGCUGCCCUGGAAUUUCCGCAGGGCAUAGCCGCGCUGGACGGCUGCCACUUCCCCGUGUCGCCACCUAAGGUCAACGCCAGCGACUACUACAACUACAAGGGCUGGUACAGCAUCAUUCUCCUGGCCCUUGUAGACCACCGGUACCGGUUCCGGUACGUCAACGUGGGGACGCCAGGGCGGUGCCACGACGCGCAUGUCUUUUGGAGGUCGGCACUGGCCAAAAUUCUGGAAGGGCCAACGUUUACAACACCAAUGGUCACCAUCAACGGGACUGCCGUGCCGCCACUGGUUCUCUGCGACCAAGCCUUUUCUCUGACGUGCAACAUGCUGAAGCCAUACGCACGCAAGAAUGUCGCGGGACAGUCUCCGCAGGAGAAGUUCAACCGGCAACUGUCGUCUGCACGUAGGGUCGUGGAGAACGCCUUCGGCAGGAUCAAGGCACGGUUCCGCUUCAUCAUGAAGCGGUUGGAGUGCGACGUGGACAACGCCCGCUUCGUUAUACGGGCUUGCUGCACGUUGAAUCACAUCUGCGAGCACUUCAACGACGGCGUGGAGUCCCAGUGGAGCACCGAAGUUGGCACGGAGGCCCGCCUCUACGAGCAGCCAGUCUGCAACACGGAUGCCGUGGCAGGCAAUGGUUCGAGUGUCCGGGACUCCAUUGCUGCCUACCUUCACCAGCACUAG